AAUUUGCACUAACUAUCACAUCAGCGCCGGAAAAUCCAUUUCUCGUUUUAGAAGGCAGCAACAUCACUCUGGUCUGGCAGUACAACCUUGGUGGAACGUUUAGUAAUUUGUUCUUCCGAUUCCUCGGCAGUCCUUCGGUUAAUGUCGUAGACAAAUUCGACAUCAACGCAAAUGCAUUGAUUCCAGAGGCUUACAAAGGUCGCAUCCAAGAAAACGUAACGUCUUCACAUACAGCUAUAACGAUCCUAGAUGUGAACAGAUCGGACAGCGGAAGAUACGAAUUUGAAAUAUUCACAAAGCCUCCUCCUAGUCGGGACCGGGAAAUUAACGAAACAGUCAUCACAGUUCAGUAUCCACCAGAAUUCACCAGCGUCAGUGAUGAUGUAGUUCUUGUUGAAGGUGAAGGUGAUCCCAGUGUUACUUUAGAGUGUACUGCAGAUGGUGAACCAACACCAAACAUCACUUGGACCAGAGUAUAUGCUAGUGGAAGUGACAGUGGUGUACUGACAACUGAGAGUCAGUUUGUCCUUGAAAACAACAGAACUAACAGUGGAACAUAUCGCUGUACAGCAUAUAAUUGGAUAGGAACUCCAACAAAUCGUACAAUUAAAGUAAAAGUUAAUUUCAAACCUGAGAAAGUGCUACUGGCAACAUCUGCAAUGAAAAAAAAAGCCUGUCUGGGUGAUGUCAUCAGCUUUACCUGCUCAGCUGAUGCUAAUCCAACAGUGACCUCAUAUCAGCUGUUCAAGAAUGACAGUUCCAUUUUAGAUAAAAGCAUGUCAGGAAUGUGGAAUGAGACUUUGGAAAUUGUAGGAGUGUUUUUGUACGGAUGUGUGGCAAAUAACACGCUAGGAUCGAUGCACAGUACAAACGUCAUGCUAACAGUCAAUGUACGUUCAUCCAUACAAGAAAUACUAGACCAAAAUGUUACUGAAGGCAACAAUUUGACUCUGAUAUGUAAUGUAUCUGGAAUCCUUUCUCCAUUGGUGUCUUGGAUGGCGCCUUAUGGUCAGAGUACUGUCGGAACUGUUUUGGUGGUUAUAAACAUUGGCAGGAGUCAAGCCGGUGAAUAUAAAUGUGAAGCUAGUAAUGACUGUGGAAAUUCAACAGAGACAGCAACUAUUUAUGUGCAGUAUGCACCAACGAUUACAAACAUUUCUGGUGGGCAGACCGUAAACAAAGGUGACGUGGUGAGUUUGUUCUGUAUGGCAGAAGGUAAUCCAGCACCAACUAUGACUUGGACAAAAGUCGCCGACAACAGUCCAGUGAACUUCCCUAUGAUCAUCCGUGGUAGUCAGGAUGAAGGACUGUAUAGAUGUACUGCUGAGAAUGGUGUUGGAAGCCCUGUGACUAGGGAUGUCAGCAUGACAGUACAUCGAAACCCUUGCCUAGAGGAAUGUACGAAUGGACGAAAUUGCAGAGAAUUCGGAAAAUACCUUUGCCUAUGUCCAAAAGGGAAAACAGGACAAAAUUGCAAAGAAAAUGACACAAUGGCGGCUGUUAUUAUGAUCAGCCUUAAAAUUAAUAAUAAAAAGUGGAGAGAGGAACUUACCGACUUGUCUGACUUAUAUACACAAGAGUUUGUUGAAGUAAUCGUAGAUUCGGUGGAUGAGGAAUUCAAAGGUUCUGGCGUCAGAGAAAUUAAUGUGACGCGGCUGAGAGAGGGAAGUGUUAUUGCAGACAUCUCGCUCACAUUUGGCGAGCCUGUUGGAGAAAGUGAAGUAGAAUCAUUGCUACAAGAAACAGUUAAUGAUGGAAGCCUUGGUACUCUAAAAGUAGAUACUUUUGCCGUAGGAGCAACUCUUCCAGGUUUCGUCACGAUUCCCGGUCCAGUUCCAUCAGAACCAACAAAGGUGAAUAAGGAUGUUAUUUACGGCUCGGUUAUUGGGGUGCUUGGCCUGAUUCUCGCUGUCAUUGCCGUUUUCAUUGCCUGGAAACACCACAAACGUGAAAGAGAUGAUCGACUUAAUGCAGGUACUAGGAGGUCACGUACUCUUAGAAUUAACGAGGGAUUUGAACUGGAACGCAUUAAUGGAAACCUUAGCACCGUCGCGCAUCAUGACCCAGGACAUUACAUGGACCUGAAUGAAGUUAGAUCACUGAAUGGACCUGCCACAGACCCAACACGAAGCUAUUUAGAAAUAAACGAAUAUGCUCCCCUGCAUCCAGGAACGCGCUCGUGGGAAGUGGAAAGAGAAAACGUUACAAUUGAAAAGGUGAUCGGAAAAGGUGCCUUUGGUCAAGUCGCUCAAGGAAAGGCUUCAAAUCUUCGAGGAAGAGAGGAGACAAUAACAGUUGCAAUAAAAAUGCUGAAAGGUAACGCCAGAGAUUUAGAAAAGAAAGAUUUGCUGUCAGAGCUUGAAAUCAUGAAGAAACUCAAGCCCCAUCCUCAUGUCAUCAAGUUGCUGGGAUGCGUCACUAAAUCAGAUCCUUUGCUUGUUCUAAUCGAGUAUGUCCCAUAUGGAGAUCUCCGGGGCUAUUUGAGAAAGAGCCGGCAUUUAGAAGAUAACUACUUCAAGGACCCGGAUAUAAAACCACAAACGAGUUUGACUUCCCAGCAGCUGAUGAAAUUUUCCUGGCAAGUAGCUGAUGGUAUGCAUUAUUUGUCCUCAAAAAACAUUAUUCACCGCGACCUUGCAGCCCGCAACGUCCUGGUUGGAGAGCGAGAACGAUGUAAGGUAACCGAUUUUGGAAUGGCUAGAGACGUGUGCCAGGAAAACAUCUACGAAAGGAAGUCAAAGGGGAGACUGCCAGUGAAAUGGACAGCUAGCGAAGCGCUGCUAUACGGACGAUAUACGACGAAAAGUGAUGUAUGGAGUUUUGGUAUUGUGCUUUACGAAAUCUUCACGAUAGGUGGCUCUCCGUAUCCAAAGAUAGACGGGCGAAAAAUUGCACAUUUACUUUCUCAGGGCUACAGAAUGCCUAAGCCACGGCACGUGGACGAUACCCUUUAUAAGAUAAUGCAGGACUGCUGGCAAGAGAAUCCUGAUGAUCGCCCAGUGUUUGAGAGUCUUAGGGAUGAUUUGAAGAAAAUGGAAAAUCAACAUCAGAGGCUCAUCAACAUGCAACUUUACGACAACAUCCUUUACGCAAGUGUGGAGUGAAUUCUUGUUGAAGAAUGUUGGAAAAAAUUCCUAUCAUCAAAGGCGGCAACCGUUUCUCCCACACAGUAUUUGAGAAUCUAUGUAUUAAAAGUAGAUGCUUUUUAAAGAUAAAUCAAGCCAUUUUAAUGUGCACGGCUGCAAAAAAUAGAAGAAGUACACUGCCCAUAAGGAGAGGUAGAAGUCGAAAUGAAGUAAGCAAGCGGUUUAUUCUAACAGUUAUAUUGGUAUUUGGUAUGGAAGUCAAAGCGAACAAUAACUUACUAUAUAUAUAUAUAUAUAUAUAUUGAUAAAUAGUCAAUGUUUGUUAUAACAUUUAACAAGGAUGGCAGUGUACUUUACGCGGCACUCAGCCUACUUUAUAGAAUACUCAAAAUUUACUUGCUACUGUAGCCAAGGUUUGAAUAUUGAUUGCGCAUAAACUUUAGAAACUUUACCUGAGGAAGGUCAGGAAGUGCUUGACAAAUUAUUUUAUUGUUGCAUUUAACCCGAGCCUAAGGUGGAUUAAGCAUGCAUGCUAUAUGACCUUAAUAGUUAAAACACGUCCUCGAAUAAAAAUUGGAACCACAAGCGAGCGGUGUGCAUUUUUAUGUAGAAUGUAUUUUUGUAUGAUUUUUUCUGUAGCUUGUCGAGAGCUUCGUAAAGUCGAUGCCGAGUUCAG